AACUACCAACUAUAACAGAUUGAAUUCGUGCUUCUUCCAGUAACCGGCAGCGUGUAUCACCGGUGGAUAUUAGUUAACAUAAAAUGUCGUACACUAAAUUCAAUUUUUCAUUUUAUAUCAUAUGCUGUUGCUUAUCUUUGGGUCUCGUAAAUGCAAAUACUCAGACAUCGUCGAAGAAUUUUUUCGCGGAACAACUUACCGAAGAAAAUUGGGAUCGUAUGCUCAUCGGAGAAUGGAUGGUGGAAUUCUAUGCUCCAUGGUGUCCUGCUUGUAAAACAUUGGAACCAAUUUGGGAACAUCUUGCUGCACAAAAGGAAAAUUUAAAUAUCAAUGUAGGAAAAGUUGAUGUGACUGAUUCUCCAGGACUUAGUGGAAGGUUUAUGGUUACAGCUUUGCCAACAAUAUAUCAUGUUAAAAAUGGCAUAUUUAGGCAGUAUAAGAGCCCUAGAGAUAAAGAUUCAUUAAUUGAAUUUGUGUCUGAGAAAACUUGGGAAAAGAUUGAACCAAUUCCUGGCUGGAAGAGUCCAACAUCUAUUCAGAUGUCUGUUAUUGGUCAAUUCUUUCAGAUCUCACAAGUAUUGCGGGGAAUACACAAUAGGUUUAUGGAAGAUUUUGGAUUACCUACAUGGGGAAGUUACUUGAUCAUUGCCAUUGCUACCAUUGUCUCAGGUGCAAUAUUGGGAUUGUUUAUCGUUUGCUUGAUUGAUUUUAUAUAUCCACCGAAACCCGUGAUGCUUCAAAACAAAAAGAAACAAAAAGAUGGAUCAGGUGGAUUUAUGCAAGAAAAAAGUAUACAGGAUGAAGAAAUUGUUGAACAUGUUAAGGAUGAUUUAGUAGAUGAGGAAUCAGAGCAAGAGGGAUCUGAGACAGAAGAAAAAGAAAAAGAUGCAGAUAAAAAUUCCAAAACUGAACCGAGCAGUCCAAAUGUUCGUAAACGUAAGCCACGUAAAGCUGAUGAAGCGACAGAGGAAAUAAUCGACAUGAAAGUAGGAAAAAGAACAGAGUCGGACCACAUGUCGUUAGAAAUAGAAAUAGGAGGGCCAGAAUUACAAACGAAUGAGGAAAAGAAAGAAGACGAGAAGGAGAAAAGGGAAUGGCCAAACGAAAAUGUGGAAAAGUACCUGGAGGAAUGUAAAGACUGGACCUGCAAGGGAAGAACAGUAGAGGAAAUGUGGACCGAGAUCAAAGAGAAGAUAAACGAAGCAAUGCUAAAGAAGAAAGUGAAGAUAAGGAAAUGGGGCAUGGGAGAGAAAGCAUGUGGAAACGAGACCAAAGUAAGAGAAUACUGGAAGGAAGAGGGAGAAAAAAGAUGCAGACUAUGCAAAAGGAAUGAAGAAGACCUGAGGCAUGUAAUAGAAGAAUGCGAAAUAACGGGAGAACUAAAGGACAUAGGAAAAGUACUAAAUGAGACGGGAGAAGGCUUAGCAGAACUGAAAGCAAGAAUAGAGGAGAGAAGAGCAAAAGAUAGGAAGGAACCUCAACAGCUGUAUGUACGACCACGUUUAGAUAGCAAAUCGAUAUUUAUAUCAUAUAGGACAGUAAUGGCUAAAGCAAAUAUGGUUAAAAAUAUAAAAAAGCGAACAGCGAGUGUGUCUGAGAUAACUGAAAAAAAAACAGAAACAUCGGGAAAUUUCAAUAAAGAUCAUAAGAAGAAGAAAACAGAAAACGGAACUGUACAAAAUGGACAACCAAAUAAGCAAGUUACUAAGAAUUCACCUAAGAAACUUAAAAAUGAAAAGAAAAAUAAUGAUUUAGGAAUUGUUCAAAAUCCUAAGAAAAAGGAAACAAAUGAAGCUAGUUUACAAAAAAGCAAGAAGAAAACAUUAAGUGCAGCGAAACUAUUGAAAUUGAGAGAAGAAUACCGUAAAAAACGUAAAGAAAAUAGGCUGUCACGACCACAUUUGUUACCACCUAAUUUAUCUGUUGAAGACAUAAAAAAGAGAAUUAAAUCAAUAGAAGAACGAAAGGAACUUACAAGAAGUGCUAAGAGGAAACUAGGAAUACUUAAAAAAAGGUUACAAGUAAAGGAAGGAAUAGGCAAGGUAGAAAAAGGAAAGAAUGAAAAGUCAUUAGAAAUUGUGAAACAAAAACAAAUACAAAAUGCAAAGUCAAUGCAAGAGAAAGUGGAUGCGAAGUCAAAUAAAGAGAAUAAAAAGAGAAAUGCUAAACAAAGUAAAACUUUGUUAAAGCAAAAAAAUGAGGAAAAUGAUGACGAUGAUGAAGAAGAUGAGGAAAAUGAGGAUGAUAUGGAGAUAGAUGAUGAAUUAAGCGAAGAUGACAAUGGAACUGAUGUAGAAGAAGGUGAUGAGGAUGAUGACGAUGAUGACGACGACGACGACGAUGAAGAAGAAGAAGAAGAAGAAGAUGACGAUGAUGACGAUGAUGAUGUGGAAGAAGGGGGUGAAAAUAACAAGAAUAAUGAACAAGACAAAGAUAAUGAAAUUAAAAAAAGUAAUGUACAAAAAGGGAAAGAGAAAUCUGCAAAUGUGGAAGAAGAUGGCAAGAAGAAAAGAUAUGUCCUUUUCGUAGGAAAUUUGCCAUAUAAUAUUACUAACGAAGAACUUAAAAAACACUUUUUAACUAAGGUCAGUCAAGUAGUUGAUAUUAGGAUACCUAGGAAAGAUGUAAACACAGCGCGUGGAUUCGCUUAUGUUGAGCUAGCCAAUAAUACAGAUUAUGAGAAAGCACUUUCAUUAAAUUGUUCAUUUCUUAAUGGAAGAAGGAUAAAUGUGGAAUAUUCUGGACCUGACAGGAAAACAGCUGUUGCAAAAAACUUCAAAUUACAUGCUCUGCAAAAGGCAGGAAAAUUUGCAGGUGGAAGGAACAGAUAUAAUCAGAAAUAUGCAAAUAACAAGGGGAAGCAAAAUACGCGAACGGUGAAAACAUAAUUGUUAAAUCAAUAGAAGUAAUUCGAAAUAAAUGUUUAAAUCUAUCUCGACUACUUCCCUAUAUGGACAUUUAGAAUUAAGUUUUUUUUAUGUAAUCAAUAUCAUUGACUGUAAAGACUUGCAAUACAGAUAAAAGUUUUAUCUACUAGAA